GCAGCGGCGCUGCUGCGAUGGCAGCCCUGGUUGUAAACAAGCCCGGAGCCGGCAUCGAGAGCGGCAAGGCCGGCGCCCGGGGCCCCGCCGCCGUGAAGGUUCUAGAAUGUGGAGUUUGUGAAGAUGUGUUUUCUUUGCAAGGAGACAAAGUUCCACGCCUGCUUUUGUGUGGCCACACUGUCUGUCAUGACUGUCUUACACGCCUUCCUCUCCAUGGAAGAGCAAUUCGCUGCCCAUUUGAUCGACAAGUAACUGAACUAGGAGAUUCAGGUGUCUGGGGAUUGAAAAAGAAUUUUGCAUUGUUGGAGCUUUUGGAACGACUACAGAAUGGCCCUAUUGGUCAAUAUGGAACAACAGAAGAAGCAGUUGGAUUAUCUGGAGAGAGCAUCGUACGCUGUGAUGAAGAUGAAGCCCAUGUUGCAUCAGUGUAUUGCACUGUUUGUGCUACUCACUUGUGUUCGGAGUGUUCCCAGCUUACCCAUUCUACAAAGACCCUUGCAAAGCAUAGGCGUGUACCUCUGGCGGAUAAGCCUCAUGAGAAGACCAUGUGCUCCCAGCACCAAGUGCAUGCCAUAGAGUUUGUUUGCUUAGAAGAAGCUUGUCAGGCCAGCCCUCUUAUGUGCUGUGUCUGCAAGGAAUAUGGAAAACACCAGGGUCAUAAGCAUUCAGUAUUGGAACCAGAAGCAAACCAGAUCCGAGCAUCGAUUUUAGAUAUGGCUCACUGCAUACGAACUUUUACUGAAGAAAUCUCAGAUUAUUCCAGAAAAUUAGUUGGAAUUGUUCAGCACAUAGAAGGGGGAGAACAAAUUGUGGAAGAUGGAAUUGGAAUGGCCCACACAGAACAUGUACCUGGUACUGCAGAGAACGCUCGAUCCUGUGUCCGAGCCUAUUUUUCUGAUUUACAUGAAACUCUGUGUCGUCAGGAAGAAAUGGCACUGAGUGUUGUUGAUGCACAUGUUCGAGAGAAACUGAUUUGGCUGAGGCAGCAGCAAGAGGACAUGACUAUAUUGUUGUCACAGGUUUCAACAGCCUGUCUCCACUGUGAAAAGACUUUGCAACAGGAUGACUGCAGAGUGGUCUUGGCAAAACAGGAGAUCACCAGGUUACUUGAAACAUUACAGAAACAGCAGCAGCAAUUUACUGAACUUGCAGACCAUAUUCAACUGGAUGCUAGUAUUCCUGUCACUUUUACAAAGGAUAAUAGAGUCCACAUUGGACCUAAAAUGGAGAUCCGGGUUGUCACUCUAGGAUUAGAUGGUGCUGGAAAAACUACUAUUUUAUUUAAGUUAAAACAAGAUGAGUUCAUGCAACCCAUUCCAACAAUUGGUUUUAAUGUGGAAACUGUAGAAUAUAAGAACCUAAAAUUUACUAUUUGGGACGUAGGAGGUAAACACAAAUUAAGACCAUUAUGGAAGCAUUAUUACCUCAAUACACAAGCUGUUGUAUUUGUUAUUGAUAGUAGUCACAGAGACAGAAUAAGUGAAGCACACAGUGAACUCGCAAAGUUGUUAACGGAAAAAGAACUGAGAGAUGCUUUGCUGCUGAUAUUUGCAAAUAAACAGGAUGUUGCAGGAGCACUUUCAGUAGAAGAAAUAACAGAACUUCUUAGUCUACAUAAACUCUGCUGUGGUCGAAGCUGGUAUAUUCAGGGCUGUGAUGCACGGAGCGGGAUGGGGCUGUAUGAAGGACUGGAUUGGCUUUCAAGGCAACUUGUGGCUGCGGGUGUACUGGAUGUGGCUUAAAAUCAUAUACAGCCAUUAUUUAAAGUUUGUGGUUAACUGUUAUUUGCACAUGACAGAUUGUAAGAAGUUCUGCAUCUCGAAGAUGGCAGUUAAUCUAGGAUUGUGUUUACAGAACAAAAUGUUUGUAUCUUCCAUUGGGAAUUCAGUUCCUUUUUAUACUCUUGAGAGUAAACUGAAAUGUUUUCCCUAGUAGAUUGAGUUGGUUAUAAGGGUACCUUGAAUUCACAUCUUUUUAGGUGAAUUUGAGUUUUCAGUGCAUUCGCUAUUAGUAUAUUGGAACAAAAAGGAGGAAGGCUAAAUUACACAUUAGAUUACUGUUCUCUUUUUACGUUGAACAUUAGUCAUACAAUUAGGAAAGUACAGCUAUUCUUCUAAAAUUGCCUUUUCAUUUAAUUUUCAUACUGUCUUACUCCUGAAAAGAGGAGUGACUUAAUGAGACCAAAAGCAAACAGUACCUUCCACUGAAAUAAGACUCUUCAACCUGACUUUUUUAUGUUCAGUGAAACAAAAAACCUUUAACUCUAAAAAUUAAACUCUAAAGUUAUAAAAAUGUUUUAUACUUAUUUCUUUAUUAAAAACCUAAGCUAAAGUAUAAUACUUUAUAUUAUAAUACAGUGAGACUUAAUAAAACUUUAUCUGCGUAGUCUGUAGACCAGGACUACUUGUUUGGGUUAUAGUAUGUAUGUAUAAUAAGCUGUGAAGGUCAGAUGAUUUUCAGUUCAUCUGUGAUUAUGAAAGAUCCAUUGUCAGGCCUGAACCUAGGUAAGCUGUUUGCUUACCUAGGACAGAGCCCCAUGUUGGUGGUCCUUUCUGUUUUCAAUAUCCCUUAAGCCAUUAGUGGUUUCAUGAAAAACUAACUUGCACCUUUGAUGUAGCACUUGUCAGUGUAAGCUGCUUUUUGUCAUGACUUUUUAAAAAUGUAGCAAACUUACUGAAACUAAAGAUGGAACCAGAGUGGGCUUUGAUGAAAAGAUAUUUAGGAAUUCACUUAGGAAAAAGUCUUUUACAGCAUGGGAAAUUGUUCAAAUCACAAAAUAUGUAUGUUUAAGUGAAUAUUUUCUCAGUAUGAGUACAUUUCUCAGCAUUGUAUAAUAAGGGCAACUCUCUUGUUUAUUUAACAAUAAAGGGCUUGAAAAUUUAACAUGUGGGGGAUGUAGCAUGUAGAAAAUGCAAAGAAAAAAGAUACAAAGUUAAAAUGUUUACAUCUAAUUUGAUCAUGCAUUGUUUUGAGUAAAAGUUAAAAAAUUUGUGGAUUUUUUUCCUCCAGUUUUUCAUAUUUUAAGGUUAUCUUAUGCAAGCAUGAUUCAUUAUGUAAAAAAUGUAUGUGGAUUGAUAUGUCAUUGCAUCAGUUAUUUUGCCUAUUCAUAGCCCUGCCUGGUUUUUUUUUAGGAUGAAGUUUUAUUUUUAUUCCAUCUAAUAUGUUAAGUGCAAUUUCCAUGAAUAGGAAUUGCAAGUGAAUGACUUAAGGUCGAAAUGGUGACCUUUAAGUAGCAAUUUGUUUUUUUCCUUCAUUGAUGUAAAAUAUAUUUUUAUUUGCAUAAAAAUAGGAAAGUUUUUAUUAUUUAAAGAAACAAAACACUUAGAGGUUUUUAAGAGCUUCUGGAAAUGUGUAAAUAAUAUUUAACCGUAUUUCAUCUUUUACUUUGUCAGCCCAAAAUAAAUGCUCUGCUAUAAGUGUA